GUUGGAUAUUGGACAUUGGAAAUGGCGCUAACACUGAGACAACUUUCGAAGGCCGCAGAUGUUUUGUAUUUCCGUCAGUGUACUCAGGUUUCUUCAGCCAGGGUAUAUAUCACUUUGGUCGUAAUGAUGUACAUAUAGAAGUGCAAAAUGCCACGUCUAUCUGAGUCUGAACGCGAACAGCUAUUAACCCCCUUAGUGAAUAAUCAUAAAUGGGAACUAUGCUCUGAACAUCGCUCCGGAGAUGCUAUGCGACGCUCUUUUACAUUCAAAAACUUUGAUGUUGCAUUUGACUUUAUGACAAAAGUAGCAGAGAAGGCUAAAACUAUGAACCAUCACCCUGAGUGGUUUAAUGUGUACAACAAGGUGGAUAUACUACUUACUACACAUGAUGCAGGAGGUCUUUCUCAGAAAGAUGUUGAUCUUGCCAAAUAUAUCACCGAUGCAGCGACCGAAUACCAAGGAAAAUGACCAGCAUAUAGAUCAUUAGAUAUCUUAUAAGGUUGAUGUCUGAAUAAACAAAUUUUUUCGCACUGCAAUAUCUUUUACACUUCUACGCCUUACUGUAUAGUUACUAAUUGAAAUACAUUUCAGUUCAC